AUGCUGUCUACAUCAUAUUAUAGUUAAUUGACUAAAACACUCUAUAUUUACUUAAUGUAAUUUAGUUUAACACUUGAAGGUAUGGGGUCAUUACAAACACACGAGAACUGUUAACCCCUCCCGGUCACGGACAUGACAUUUUGACACUCAUUAUUAUAUAUCAUAUUUCAUGUUUAACUUUUUAUUAUCAUAUGAAAUUUUAACAAGGAAGGAUUAUAACUUAUUGGGAUGUUUUCAAACCGGUCUUCAUGGUCUCCAGCACAGUCCGCCAGUAGACUAACACUUCCUGCAAAUAGAAGAACCCGUUUUCAACCAUCAGAAAAGCACGUUUGUCGACUUCAGAACUGCAUGCCUCUGAAGUUUAAAGAGUUCGUAAAGUCACACUUAUCAACAAUCCUUGAAAUACCACAAGAUGACUUUGAGACAUUGAUGAUAUUACCUGCUGCACCAGUUCCACAACACAAGACGCCUCUGUCGUUUAGUAAGAGAAAAGCUCAGAAAAAGUCCAUGUUUGGCUCCGACCUUUCACCAGAGAAUAUUGCAUCAGUGCUUCAGUUGAUCAACUACCUAUCCCAAGAUGACGUCAUAUCAACAGAAGGUAUAUUCCGUAAAACAGGCAACAUAUGCAGACAGAAACAGUUGAAAUCAAAGCUAGACUCAGCAACACUUACCGAGAAAUACCUGUCUUCGUUAUCUCCACACGACAGUGCCAACGUCCUCAAACGCUACAUUCACAAUCUACCAGAACCUCUUCUAACUCAAAAGUUCUUCAAUGUAUAUGUUCAGAUUACCAACAUCACCAAGUCAACAAAAGAAGAAACAAAGUCUGCCAAGAUCCAAGCUAUGCAACUUGUUCUCCAUCUUUUACCAUCCGACAACCUCAACUUAUUGAAGCCAUUGAUGACACUCCUCAACAAAGCCGCAUCCAUCUCUAGUAACCUGAUGACAGCUUAUUCUUUAGGUAUUUUAUUCGCACCUCAUCUCCUCUGUGAUCGUCAUUCGUCAGCUGACAACCUUCACUCUGUUCUACCGAAAGUUUCCGAUUUGGUUUCCAUAAUGAUAGAGAAUGGUCCACAGAUAUUCAGCAUACCAAAAGACUUGUCUCGAUCCGUAGCUAACUUCUGGCGAGAGAUGGAGGUACCAAACCAGCUUUAUUACAGAACAGUUCAAGAAACUACAGACUUAGCUGUUACAGACCGUACGUCACCGAAAGUUCACGUCGUAGACCUCUGUGACAAGCCAAAAGCCACCAGUACACUCACAGUGCCCUUUACACCUCCAACACAAUCACGUAAGAGACUUAGUAGUGACACAAGUGAUGGUAUCCCAGAGAAGAGACCUACACCAGAGAUGUUCCUUUCACCAGUAUGUAAUGUACUCGACUUUAAGCCGAAACUCAGUAAGCAGACUAAUUCCAUCAUCUUCAGUACAGCACCUGGGUCUUCCUCCAAGAAACCAGUAGCACGUGUAAAACCAAUUCAACAUUCACCCAUAUCACAGUUCUUCAAGAGUGUGCCACUAAAGCUUCAGCGGGUUAUGUCAACACCGAGAUCUCGUGCUCCGAUGGCUUUGUUCCAGUCACCUAGUUAUAGUGUGAAGUUUUAAGACAUUGAUGAAAACACUAUAAAUUAUUAU